UCGAAUGCAAGUUUUUAUCUUGGAAAAUAUUUCCAGAAAACCUUGCUCUAAAGAAAAAUACUACAAUGAGUUCAACCUACCAACUAUUGAAAGACAAAGGUUCCAAAGCAGUGGAUGGAAACAAAGGACAGGGCAUGCCCGAGUGCAUUAUGACAGCUUCUGGUCAGCAUCAAGCAUGGUGGCAAGUCGACCUCGGAGUUGAACGAAGCGUGUCCAACAUAAAAAUUACUUACCAAACAAAACAGAGUGAUAUGGAAACUAGAAUUCGUCUGGUUGGCGGGAGAUCUGAAAGUAGCGGUAGAAUCGAAUUGUAUCACAAUGGUGGAUGGGGCACGGUGUGUGAUGAUUUAUUCGAUGAGAAGGACGGAGCAGUGACCUGUGUUAUGGCGGGUUACCUCCCAGACAACGUAAAGGUUCGCGAGGAGGCUUUUUAUGGCGCCGGAAGUGGCCCAAUAUUGCUGGAUGAUUUGAUGUGUAUCGGUAACGAGACUGACCUCACCACGUGUAGGGAUGCUUUCAGCGAGCCCCCGAACUGUCGUCACAAUGAAGACGUGGGUGUGGAAUGUGCAGGUGGAAACACUAUGGCGGGAUUUCAAAUAUUCAUCUCCAAUACAAAAGAGUGGAGGGAAGGUCACUUGUGUUUUCAUCACAGUGACAUGACAGCGCCCACUAGUGUCAUGAACGUCACGUGCCCAAUUCAUGGCCGAUAUGUGACAUUCUACAACGAACGCGAUGCCUCAGUCGUGUAUCCUUUCACGUACUCGAAGUUUGCCUACGUUCAGCUCUGUGAACUGGAAGUGUUCGGUUGUCCUUCCGGAAUUUACGGAACCGAUUGUAGCAGGACCUGUCCAGGAAAUUGUGACCAUGGCCGCUGUAACAUCAGUGAUGGAAACUGUUUCGCAUGCAAGGAUGGCUACACAGGGAAACGGUGCGACAAUGAGUGCGUCAAAGGACGAUUCGGGGAAAAGUGUAACCAUCAAUGCGGAAACUGCCUAAAUAAAGCACCCUGCAAUUUUGUCGACGGUGCAUGCUCAGAAGGAUGUGCACCUGGCUGGAAAGGCGAUUAUUGCAACGAAACUUGUGGUUCUGGAUUUUACGGGUUAAAAUGCACAGAAAGCUGUAGUAUACAUUGCAAAAACCCAGCAUCGUGUGAUCAUAUCACCGGAAGGUGCCCCGAGGGCUGUCACGAAGGAUGGAAAGGCGACAGAUGUCAAGAAAAAUGUGAAGAAUAUAAAUUUGGAGCAGAUUGUAAAUCUUCAUGUGGAAACUGUUUAAAUGGCGCUGUAUGUAAUCACGUGACCGGAACGUGUUCAGAGGGCUGCGCACCUGGUUGGACUGGAAACCUUUGUAAGAAAGAGUGCGAAGCGGGAUAUUUCGGUUUGGAGUGUAAUGUCACUUGUAGUCAGAACUGCGUGGAUCCCAGGUCAUGUGACCAUGUGAGCGGAUCAUGUUUUGGUGGAUGUCGGGCUGGAUGGAUCAGACCUAACUGCGUUGAAAAGUGCAGGGAAUUUACAUAUGGAAAAGGUUGUAUAAAUCUCUGUGGACAUUGUUUUGAUGGCGAAGUUUGUGAUCACGUGAACGGAACCUGUGCCAAUGGAUGUGAAACUGGCUGGACCACAGAUAUUUGCAACAAAAAAUGUGAACCCGGGUAUUUUGGAGUAAUGUGUAAAGACCAGUGUAGUCCGCAUUGUCUGGAUCCUUUGUCAUGUAAUCAUGUGAAUGGAUCAUGUGUCGGCGGUUGUAAGGAUGGCUGGAUUGGAUCCAGAUGUCGGGACCAAUGUGACGCGCUUAAAUUUGGAAGUAACUGUCAACUCACCUGUGGACAUUGUUUUAAUGGGGAAAUAUGUAAUCACGUCAAUGGCACGUGUCCCAACGGUUGUGCCGCAGGUUGGAUAGGAAUACUGUGUGACCAAAAAUGUGAUCGCGGGUAUUUUGGAUUGAUAUGCAAAGACCAGUGUAGUCCAAACUGUCUAGAUUCUUUGUCAUGUGAUCAUGUGACCGGAACAUGCGCAGAAGGCUGUAAAGAUGGAUGGGUCGAUUCCAAAUGUGUAGAUGUGUGUCCAGAUUCGACAUUUGGUGAAACCUGUAAGUUUACAUGCGGUCACUGUUAUGACGACGAAAUAUGUAACCACAUAAACGGAAGUUGUCCAAGCGGAUGCGCAUCAGGGUGGAGUGGAGCUAUUUGUGAUAAAGAGUGUAUGCCUGGAUUCUAUGGAAUUAUGUGCAAAGAUGAGUGUAGUCGGCACUGCCUCGAUCCACCGUCCUGUGAUCACGUGACAGGUCACUGUCUAGGUGGUUGUGUUAACGGGUGGGUAGGAGACAAAUGCAAUCAGCAGUGUGAUUCUGGGUAUUAUGGGAAUAAUUGUGAAGAAGCCUGCGGACAUUGUUCUGAUAACAACGUGUGCAAUCACAUCAAUGGCUCGUGUCCUGACGGUUGUACACCUGGCUGGAAGGGCGACAGAUGCAGGGAACCUUGUGAACCAGGGUACCAUGGUAUAAUGUGCAAGGACAGAUGCAGUCCGCAUUGUCUCGAUCCAUCUGUCUGUGACAGUAAGACAGGAGGCUGCUACCGUGGGUGUCUGGCUGGGUGGGUCGGAGACCGAUGUGAUCAAGGUUGUGACAUCGGUUGGUAUGGGUCAGAAUGUAAACAAAAAUGUGGCCAUUGCUAUGAUGAUGAAGUAUGCGACAAAGUGAAUGGGGCAUGCGCAAACGGAUGUGCAUCUGGGUGGAUCGGAAAUACUUGUAGCGAAACCUGUACAAAGGGGUCAUACGGAAUCAUGUGUAAAGAUCAAUGUAGUCCGAAUUGCCUCAACCCAUCUGAAUGCGAUCACGUGACUGGAGCCUGUAAUGAAGGUUGUGUGGCGGGCUGGACGGGACCGAGAUGUAAACAGAGAUGCGAUCAAAAGUCCUUCGGUGAGAAGUGUGGAAAAAUAUGUGGUCGCUGUAAGGGCGGCGCCCCGUGUGACCAUAUCACAGGACAAUGCCCCGGGGGUUGCGCAGACGGGUGGCUCGGGAUAUAUUGCAAAGAAACUUGUGUUGACGGAUAUUUUGGAGAUAGAUGUCAGCAGGCCUGUGGAUAUUGUGUUGACGGCGAGACAUGUAAUCAUGUGACCGGAAUUUGUCCCCGAGGCUGCGCAGAUGGAUGGUUAGGAAGUCGGUGCAAUAUAGUUUGUGAUUUCGGUUAUUACGGGGAGAACUGUACAGACCAAUGCAGUGUGUACUGUAGACACUCCAAGGACUGCGACCACGUCAGUGGGAUCUGUUCCAACGGAUGUGUGGACGGAUGGUUAGGAACAUUUUGUGAUCAGCAAUGUCCAGAGGGGAUGUUUGGUUCGGAGUGUUUGCUGGAGUGCGGUCAGUGUUCUGGAGGGGAGAUAUGUUCACCUACCGACGGUUCGUGUUCAUCGGGAUGUGCUCACGGAUGGCAUGGGCGAUAUUGCAAUGAAAGUUGUGACAUCGGUUACUAUGGUGAUAUGUGCACGCAGAGAUGUAGCAGCCGUUGUAAAGGGUCUACAGAGUGUGAUACAAUCACUGGAUCGUGUACCGGUGGUUGUCAAGCGGGGUGGAUGGGCGAUCUUUGUAACACGAUAUGCACUUCCGGUACAUUUGGAAUUCAGUGCGCACAGAACUGUAGUGUUCACUGUUUGAACAUUACCGGAUGUAAUCAUGUCAAUGGGUCGUGUAACGGAUCAUGCGCAACCGGAUGGACAGGGGAACUUUGUCAGAUAGAGGAGAGGAAUAGCCAGGAUGUUCCUGCCGGUGCUGUGUUGGGGAUUGGUAUUGGCGGGGGUUUUCUGUUUAUCAUCGCAGAUAUCGUUAUAGUAGGAUUAGUCAUCAGACAUACGGGGAAAUCUAAAAUGGCAGUUGAAAGUAACACCAAUCAACGCCGAGCAAGCAUAAUUAGUGUGAAUUAUUACACGGACGUUCACAGUAACAAUCAGCGUGCAGACAGAGAAAACGCAGAUAAUACGUUUUGUGAACAGGAUGUCACGUUGUAUAACUCCGGACGAACUGCCCGAGAAGAAGACAUUGGGUCUGUUCAUCAUAAUGUGGAUUAUGUUUCAAAGGACAACCGAUAUAUAAGUUCUUGGGAAUAAAUACUGGACAGUUAUGUCAACUUAGUAAACAGACACUUCUUCCAGUCGAUGAAAAGUUGGAUAGAGGUGACCAUCAAGACAUAUUUGAAUGACUAUAUUUACAGUGAUAUAUCAGAUGUUUUAUCGUGGAUAUAAGCGGUAAUAAAGAUGAAGAAACCUCUAAGAUUGCUUAUACUAA